GCUGCCAGCGCUGUCGGGGUGUCGCGAUAGCACGUGGGAGGGGCGUGGGGCCGGGGUCUGCCCGGUGCCGUGGAGACCGCAGUCGGAGAGUCGCCUUCCUGCGUGAAAGGAGGGGGAAGAGAGCAAAUAAUCCAGAGAAUCUGCAGCAUUUGAGGAGUCACACUGUGUUCAAGUUCAGAAGUGCUUUACACAUGAAAUCUACUGGCUCUCUAGCUGAUUCUGCCCUGUCACCGUCUCAACAGGAUUGGAUUUACAGUCAUGGAGGAACAUCAGCAACACUUACACUGUGUGAACUGUGUCAGCCGUCGUUGUAUGACCAGACCAGAGCCAGGCAUUUCCUGUGAUUUGAUUGGCUGCCCCUUGGUUUGUGGAGCAGUUUUUCACUCAUGUAAAGCCGAGGAACAUCGCAUGUUAUGUCCACUUGAAAGAGUGCCUUGUUUGAAUAGUGGCUUUGGAUGUCCCUUCAUAGUAGCCCGAAAUAAAAUAGCUGAUCAUCUAGAGGUUUGUCCUGCAAGUGUGGUAUGUUGUACCAUGGAGUGGAAUAGAUGGCCAGUCAGUUAUGCUGACCGCAAAUCGUACGAAAACCUGAGUAAAGAUGUUGAUGAAGUGGAGCAGCUAGAUAUGGCUUUAGCUCUGCAAGACCAGCGCAUGUUGUUAGAAUCACUUAAAGUAGCAACUAUGAUGUCAAAAGCAGGUGAUCAAAUACCAGAAUCCAGAGAGCAAACCUCAGUCAAAUCAAGUGCCCCCAGUACAGUGCAUACCAAUGGUUUGAUGCCUGUAGAUGAAGAGUCCUAUGGUGCACUUUAUCAAGCUACUGUAGAAACGACAAGGAGUUUAGCUGCUGCUCUGGAUAUCCUGAACACUGCUACAAGGGACAUUGGUAUGUUAAGUUCAAACCUCUGUAUUUCACCACAUGAAAUGAAGGAAGAUGCCAAGAUUAAAGAACAAGCUUCUAGUGGCAUUAUUCAGGAGAAAAAGUCUGACUCUGAAAAUCCAGAUGAAGAUAAUGUAGGAGCUGUUGGGGGAAUGAACUUCGAUAGCCUGAGUCAAAAUUCACAAAUGGAGCAAAAUGGUUCUUGUGAUAUUUGUUAUGAUGUAGUGCAAAACCAUGACUUAAAUCUAAACCUCAGUAACUCCUCGCUUUUAUGUAAUGGCUUUCAUGUAGAAAAUGAAUGUUCAAAGGUGUUGGACCACAGUGAAGAUCUCGGUGUAUCUAAUUCAAAGCCGUCCAGUGUAGCAAAUGGUGAAUGUACUGCAUCUCAUGAUGAUGAAGCAUUACAGUCCUGCAGCUCCUGCCCUGUAACAGCACAAGUUGAAGUAAUACCAGCUGAUCACUUAGUUAAUGGCAAUGCUAAUCAUGUACUACUUCCUCAUAAUGCUAAUGAAGAAGAAAUGUUAGAGAGACAAGUGGAGCAAGAAAGAUUGAGAAACAUAGAUGCAUUUUCACUUUUACGGCAUCGAUCGUACAGAUUCCUUGUUAAUCAUUAUUGGUCAACACCAAAAGAAGACAAAGCUGUUGAUACAUCAGAUUUGGAGAUAACAGAAGAUCCUAUGGGUCUUCAGGGAAUUGAUCUAAUCACUGCAGCUCUGUUGUUUUGCCUAGGAGAUUCUCCCGGAGGUAGGGGGAUAUCAGAAAGUCGUGCUGUCGAUGUGUAUCACGUUGACUUCGGGACCCAAACAUUUUCUCUCCCAUCUGCUAUACUGGCCACAAAUACAAUGGUGGGGGAAAUAGCUUCAGCUUCUGCAUGUGAUCAUGCCAACCCACAGCUCUCAAAUCCAAGUCCGUUCCAGACCCUUGGAUUGGAUUUGGUAUUGGAAUAUGUGGCUAGAUACCAAACAAAACAGCGUUCAAUGUUUACAUUUGUUUGUGGACAGUUGUUUAGAAGGAAUGAAUUUUCGUCGCAUUUUAAGAAUGUGCAUGGAGACAUUCAUGCUGGCCUUAAUGGCUGGAUGGAGCAGAGGUGUCCUUUGGCAUAUUAUGGGUGCACGUAUUCUCAACGAAGGUUUUGCCCUUCAACACAAGGGGCAAAAAUUAUUCAUGACCGCCACUUACGGUCAUUUGGAGUUCAGCCUUGUAUAUCCACAGUAUUAGUAGAACCAGCAAAAAGCUGCUUAAUUGGACUACACAAUGACCAUCUGAGUAGUCUGCCUUUUGAGGUGCUGCAGCACAUUGCUAGUUUUCUAGAUGGCUUUAGUUUAUGUCAGCUUUCAAGAGUGUCACGUUUAAUGAGAGAUGUGUGUGGAAGCUUGCUUCAAGCACGUGGAAUGGUGAUACUGCUUUGGGAGAAGAGAAAGUGCCCAGAAGGAAGUUCCUGGCAGGUAAAAGAAAAGGUUUGGCGCUUCAGUACAGCCUUCUGUACUGUGAAUGAGUGGAAGUUUGCUGACAUUGUGAGCAUGGCUGACCACUUGAAGAAGUGUAGCUACAACGCUGUGGAGAGAAGAGAGGAGGCUGUGCCGCUGCCUUGUAUGUGUGUGACACGAGAGCUCACCAAGGAGGGACGUUCACUGCGCUCUGUUUUGAAACCAGUACUUUAAGCAUUGCAGCCACUCCAAUUGCACAUACACUCAAGCACCUGAUAUAACCUCCGUAAUAUUAUGAGACACUUUAUUAAUGUACUAAAGAUACUUUCUAGCUAAAUCUACUCUGUCACUGUGUAUAUAAGGUUUGAAGUGACAUUUAUUUUUUAUAAUACUGUUUAGCUGGAAAGUAAUGAAAGUUGCCUUAACAUUUGAAAAAUUUGGAACUUGCUGGACAGGGUAGUUUUAUCUAACUUAUAUAAUUUAAGAACAAAAUCCUAAAUUGUGUUUUCUGAUUCACUGGUGCCCAUGUAGCUAUUGACUGAUAACAUUUCAAAAAUGGCCUCUAAAUGGUAUCCACAUUUGGAUAGGAAACACGGAACUGUAGUGAGAGGAAAGUAUUGUCCAAAUCCUGUA